AUGAGCUUUGUGUUCAACAUGGAAAUUCUGAUUGAGAAUAAAGAUAUGCUUCUGGCCAAAAAUAUGCCAGCUAAUAUCCAUGCCAAUGCCAUUUCCACAUGUGAUUUCAAUGUAGCAGUUCAGAAGACUUGUUUAGAUCCUGAGAAGUCUUCGUUCUUCCAGGCUUUGGAUAUCACCACCAAAAUUUCCAGGUGCAUCAAAAGAAUCUUGAGAGAUAGGCAGACUGGAGACAAAGUAAAUGGCAGCAAAGCCAUACUAUUGAAUAUAAUUAAUAUACCUCUGUUCUCCUUUGGAUUGAUCAUUCAGCAGGUGUUUGACAAUGGCAGCAUCUACAGUCUUAAAAUGGACAUCAUGGAGGAGAUUUUGCACCUUCACUUAUUAAAGGGUAUCUGUAACAUUGCUAAUGUCUGUCUACAGAUUAAUUACCCAACUGUUAAAUCAGUACUUUACUGUAUCACCAAUGGGUACAAGUAG